CUCCUCUUCUCCAGCCUCACAGUCCAGCCUCUCUGGGGGUCAUUACUCUCUUCAUGCUGAUUAGGUUUGCAUGAAUACAAGCCUUUGUUCAUCCUCUGUUCCCACGACCCAGCAUUCGCCUGGCAGUCGCGUGGCUUCAGUGCACGGGCCCCCGCUUCAACGCUCCGUCCAAAGAUAGGUUGGGCAUGUGGUCAAUCUGACAUCUGCUCAGCAAAACAUCUAAAAGCAGAUGCUCGACACUCGCCAGUACAAAGUGUGGUCAGUCAGCCGGUCCCUGGUUCAGCAAAUUGCACACUGCAGGUAUUUUAAGUCCGUAUCUCAUUGAGAAGCAAAGGUUUUGCGUAUGUUUUUUUUUUGUCAGGGUUUGUUGUUGAAUGCUGCAAUCAGUUGCAAAAACAUUAGCCAGACAUUCCUAAACAAUUUUAAUGUUUGCAAACAGUUUCUCUUGUCAUCAUCAGAUUUUGAAACACUGUUGGCAACUGUUUGCAAUUGUUUGCAACAUUUUAGGAACCCUAACCAAAUACCAACAUCUGUACGCUUGCAAACACGCGGCUCAGUGAGAUACGGGAUUUGGGGAAGGUGCUUUAUCCCCAUGUCAGUUGAACCGGAAAGUGCAGAAAUAACUUAUUUAAGAAGAAUACUUUAAAUAAUCUCACCAGAGAAAAUUACAUUUCACAAUUCAAGGAUAUUUCACUUCAUGACUGGACAAUAUAUGCGCUGUGUCACACCCAAUGUGUAUGCACGUGUGCUGCCCUAUUCCCUGGUGAUUUGUCAACAUUUUGUUUUCGUCUGUCUAUGGCCUUUGGGAGUGGAGCUCUGGCUUCUUUGCAGGUGUAAUAUAACGUUGCUGUCGCGAAGAAUGGCUGAGGGGCUCCCCGGGGCAAAUACAUGGUAACUGCACACCCUUGUUCAUCUCUGGGAGAGCAGGAAACGUGCAACUUUCCAUGGGUGGAGGCCUGCAAAAGAGUGCAUGGUUUCAGGGUGGACAUCUGUUGCUCGUGCUUUUCCCCCGCCUCCUCCAGGCCGGUUGGUUCUCUGGGUGAAUCUUUUGAAUGGAGGCAGUGACCUGGCAGUCUUGAGUGUGUGUGGGAAAAUCCCACAGCCAAAGAAUUGCUGUAUUCACAUGCUAAUCGUGUUUGUAUAAAUAGGAGGGACGUAGCGCGCCGAGGGCCCUAGAGACACACUGAGAUUCAGAGAGGAGACUUCCAGCAUCAUGACUGCUUCAUCGAUGGCCCACGCUGGAGGAAAACACGCCAGUGCUAAAGAGGAGCGGAAGAUGCGGAAGCCUCUGAUCGAGAGGAAACGGCGCGAGAGGAUAAAUAACUGUUUGGAUCAAUUAAAAGAGACCGUGAUCAGCGCCUUCAGACUCGAUCAAUCCAAACUGGAAAAAGCGGACAUACUCGAGAUGACAGUGAAACAUCUGCAAAAUAUCCAGAUAAAUAAACUUAAUGACCCUUUGGAGGCCCAGCAGAAAUACAGCACAGGUUACAUCCAGUGCAUGCAUGAAGUACACAACAUGCUCCUCACUUGUGACUGGAUGGAUAAGAUGCUCGGCUCCCGCCUGCUCAACCACCUGCUCAAGUCCUUACCGAGAUCCACUGAAGAGCUACAGCCCACAGCCAGAAAUGAUGUCCAUGGAACUCCAGUCACUCAAGGUGCUCGACCUCAGCGCGAUUCAACCAGGAGGGAGCGGCCCGGCUGCCAUGUGUCUGCUGUCUCUGGGCGCCAGGAUAGAGCUGUGCUCCACGGUUCGCACUUGGGGAUGCUGGAGAUGUGGCGGCCCUGGUGAAGCUCCCAAUUCAAUUCCAUCAGCAUGUUGUUAGGCCAACCUCUGUUAUGUAUCUUAUAGAUAUGCUGCUCAGAAGACAAACGUGGGGCAGUUUUGUUCCAGUCGUUAUUGUUUUAGGUGUGCUAUAAUGUUUCUGUAAAGACCUUUGCGCAGUACUUCCCGUCCGAAGUUGCCUUCUCGUAGCCUGCAUUGUAGAAGGCCCUUAUUAAUCUUUCAUGUAUUUAUUGUGUUAACACGCUAUUUAUUUGCCAUUAUAAUGUAUUUCUUUCCUUCAUUCUUUCACUUUCUUGCCAUUGCAUAGAUCUUUGUCUGAUCCUUGUGCUGAAUUAAUAUCAUCAAUGACAAUAAAAGAUAUUAUUUACUGCAAUUUGGUCAACUGUA